AUGGCGCCGUUAUUCGCCAUCGCACCCGCCCUGCUGUUCCGUCUAGGCAAUGGGCUGUGGAGGUGGUUAGCAACCUUGAACCUUGAGGACGUAAGCGGAAAGUACCUGUGGACAACGAUCCAGAACUGCCACGGCACGCUGUGGCUGCUUGGCCAACACAAGUUCCUUGAAUCCAUUCAGGAUAAGCAAUUGAGCUCUUUGCUGCAACACUGGGUACGAAAGCUUGCCAACUUCGCUCGUACGCAUCGACAUCCGCCAUCAAGCUCUGGUUUGCCUUGA